ACAAAGCUAACCAUAUAUCAUAUCAUAUCAUAUAAUAAAUAUAAUAUAUAAACUAUACUCUUCAUUUCAUAAAACUAAUAAAUGCACUUAUUCUUUAAAGACAUUCUCAAUCUUGUACUACUAAUGCUACAGAUCCGACCAGCAAGAUGUUAGACGGAGGAGACUAUUCUUGUUCUUCGGCCGGCGAUCCAUUUUCUGCAGCAAUCUCAUCAUCAUCUGAUUCAUCAUCAAGAAGGACCAAUAAGAAGAACAGUAAUUAUAAGCUGAACAAGAAGAGGUUCAGUGAUGACCAGAUUAAAUCAUUAGAGACCAUGUUUGAAUCCGAAACGAGACUCGAACCUCGGAAGAAAUUGCAGCUUGCUAAGGAAUUAGGGCUGCAACCGCGUCAGGUUGCGAUUUGGUUUCAGAAUAAACGAGCAAGGUGGAAGUCGAAGCAGCUCGAACGAGAUUACGGUGUUCUUCGAGCUAAUUAUAAUAGUUUGGCUUCGAAAUUCGAGGCUUUAAAGAAAGAGAAGCAAGCUUUGGCAAUUCAGUUGGAGAAGCUGAAUGAUGCGAUGAAGAAGACGAGUAGUGAGGUGAAUUACGAGAGAUCAACAUCUGCAGAAUCCGAAAACGGAGAGCGAAUAAAGUGUGAAUUACUAUCAGAAGAAGCCAAGCCUUAUUUUGGUAUAGAUCAUGAAGAAGAAGAAACCAAUUUAAUGAGUAUAGUGGAAGCUGGUGAUGGAUCAUUAACAUCACAAGAAGAUUGGGCUAGUUUAGAUUCUGAUGCCCUUUUUGUUGAAUCAAACAGUGGCUGCCAAUGGUGGGAUUUUUGGGCUUGAUUUAAUGAAAAAAUGAAAUUGCUCAACAACAUUUCACUGCAAUGCAAAUGAAGUUUUAGGAUGCGUUAAAUUAGGUGUUUGUAAAUAAGAGAGAGGUUGCACAAAAGCGUUAGGACACAGAAACAUGUAGUACUUGUUUUUUUUAUUUCAUUAGUGUAGAAGCCUAUAAUUUAGAAGAGUUUAGUGUUGUGUUGUGCUAUGUUAUGUAUGUUUUUUUUAAGCUCAAAUUAGUAGUAUUUUGUUU